AUGGGCCGCGAGCUCUACGAGCGCUACCCUGUUUAUGCAUCGGCGAUCGACCGAGCUGACAAACACUUACUCUCACUUGGUGCGAACUUUUCUUUGCUCGAGGAACUCCAAAAGGAGGAGACUACCACAAAGAUCAAUGCUGCUCAUCUGAGCCAGCCUUCAUGUACCGCAGUGCAGUUGGCUCUCGUCGACUUGCUGAGAACGUGGAACAUAACCGCCACAGCUGUUGCCGGCCACUCUAGUGGAGAGAUCGGUGCUGCUUAUGCUGCAGGAAUCAUCGACUUCGAUGAUGCAAUGACUGUGGCAUAUCACAGAGGACGUCUCAUCCCAAUACUGAAGGAGAGAUUUCCUACUCUGGAUGGUAGCAUGAUGGCAGUGGGCGCUGGCCAAGCAGAUAUUGCUCCCCUGUUGGAACGCAUUCCUAGUUCCGCAGGUGAAGCUAAGAUUGCCUGCAUUAAUAGUCCUUCUAGCGUCACGGUGUCGGGUGAUACAGAUGCCAUUCUCGAGCUUCAACGAAUCAUCGAAGAAGUACAUCCGGGAAUGUUCGCCCGAAAGCUGCAGGUCGACACUGCUUAUCACUCACAUCACAUGAACCUAGUUGCGAAAGAGUAUACCGAAUCCUUGCGCUUUGUCAAGCACCCUAAGGGUUCAACCACGCUGUUCUACUCAUCACUACUUGGCCGCCUAGCCAAGUCUUCGGAGCUCGAUGCAACAUAUUGGGUACAGAAUUUGACGUGCCCUGUACGUUUUGAUGAAGCGGUGCAUAGCAUGUGUCAGCCGAUCGACGGUCACAAGAGUGGCGUAAACUUCUUGCUUGAGCUGGGACCUCAUGCAGCGCUUCAAGGCCCGAUUAAACAAAUUUUCAAGGCAGUUGGACCCUCCGCAAGUAAGAUUGCGUAUGCAUCGGCCUUGGCACGCAAAAAGAACGCUCUCCAAACAGCCCUUGCACUUGCUGGCACACUAUGGAUCAAGGGUGCUGCUCUUGACAUGGGCGCCAUCAACUUUCCCAAGACUAUGACGAACCCGCCGGCUGUGCUUACCGACAUACCGCGAUAUCCGUGGAACCACCAAUCCCGGUAUUACCAUCAAUCGAGGUUCACUGACAUUCACAAAUUUCAGAACGACCGACGAUCCGACAUAAUCGGCGCACUGGCUAUGUAUUCGAACCACACUGAGCCCACCUGGAGGAACAUUGUGCGCCUUGAUGACCUCCCUUGGCUACGUCAUCACCAAGUACAAGGCUUGACUAUCUUCCCAAUAUCCGGCUUUGCGUCCAUGGCUUUAGAGGCUGCGGCACAGAAGGCUUCUUGGGACAACAUCGAGUUCGACACAUUGGAAGUCUGCGACUUGCAUGUCACCACACCUAUCAUCUUGUCGGAGGAUGACUUAGAGAUGACCACGACUCUGCGCCCUCAAGCAGAUCAUGCAACAGCAAAGGGGCUACGAGCCGAGUUCGUUAUAUCCUCCUGGGCAACAGCGAAAGGCUGGACUCAGCACUGCACAGGCUAUGUGAAGACUAAGAAAACUGAAGUCAAUGACGUCCAAAGUGGACGACUCGUCGACGCACAGAGACAGAAGCUGAGGUCCAAGCUGUUAAGAAUUGCAGAUGCUGCUGGAGAGGGUGUGCAGAACGAAGCUCUCUAUCAGCGUCUUUCAGACCUCGGCGUCUCCUAUGGUAGCACCUUCCAAGGUCUUACCAAUGGUCGAGUGUCUAAGGCCGGAUCCGUGUCACAGCUUGUCUUGGCUGACACUACGACUGACAUGCCGAACCACUACGAGUCUGACUACAUAAUUCAUCCCACAAUGUUGGAACAGCUCAUCUCCUCAUAUUGGCCUGUUCUGGACAUCACCAAUGGAUUCCUGGACAACAUUCACCUUCCAUCAUCGAUUGGAAAGCUCACGGUGUCAGCGAGAGCCUCAUCUACACUUCACAGCAACGGAGGAUGUUUGCAAGCCUUCUGCGAGCCUCGCACGGUGCUCAGUAACGUCAAAUCGAAUAAGCUUUCCAUGUUCGCAUUGGCAGCAAUCGACGCGGUUGAGUCUGUCAUCGCUAUUGAGGAUCUUACAACAGCACCUAUCCUCGAGAAAGACACAGAUGCUGAGGCUGAUAGUGGCCGAGAGCUCUGCUAUAAGCAGACUUGGGAACCAGCUCUGGAGGAGUUGAAGGAAGAUUCACAAGCUCAGUUCGAUGCCGAAGUUGUUAUUGUACACGGAGACAGCGAUCUUCAGCAUAGCUUAGCUAGUGAGCUAGCUACCAUCUUGACUACCGCAACAGGAUCCACGCCAACUACAGGAACCCUGGCUCAAGUCGAUGGCACCAGCAAAAUCUGCAUUUUCCUUGCUGAGAUUGAUCAGCCGGUUCUAUCGACCUUAGACCAAGAGACCUUCGAGGCACUAAAGAAGCUUCUCACCACGAUCCAAGGUAUGCUCUGGGUUGUCAAAGGCGCGUACCAAAAUGCGCAAAACCCGGACGCGAACAUGAUAGCCGGUUUCAGUCGGACUCUACGUUCCGAAGGCACGCUCAUGAACUUCGUCACACUAGACUUGGAUGGUGAGAUGGUGUUGCCUCAGGCAGAUGCGGUCAAGACAAUACUGAAGGUCUUGCAAGCAUCACUGGGUGUCAAUCGGCAGGGUGAGGAGACCGAGUUCAUGGAACGGCGCGGCUCGCUGCUCACUCCCCGCAUAAUUAACGAUCAGGACAUGAACGAAUAUGUUCAUCAACAGGUGCAGCCGUCUGCGACUGCCCCUGCGCACUUCAUGGAUGCUGAGCGACCACUGCGAGCUUUCAUCGCCACACCCGGUGCCCUCGACACAAUCCACUUCGAGGAUGACCAAAUAUCACGAACUCCAUUACCCGAAGAUCAAGUAGAGAUCCAGGUCAAGGCCGUUGGUAUCAAUGUACGAGACGCUGAAGCAGCCAUGGGCCACCUUCGUGGCGAUGACCUUGGCAUGGAGUGCAGUGGUGUGGUAACCAGUGUAGGGUCGAGAAUCUCCUCGGUCAGUGUCGGUGACCGCGUUGCAGCCGUCACUCCAAACGGUUCGCUAUCCACCGUUACUCGUGCUCACGACCGGUUUCUCCUCAAACUUCCGGAUCAUCUGUCGUUCGAAGAGGCCGCAACGAUCCCGCUCGCAUACUGCACUGCAUACCACAGCUUGGCCAACAUCGCGUCGCUCUCCGAAGGCGAGUCUGUUUUGAUUCAUCACGCUGCAACCGCUGUAGGUCAAGCUGCUGUUGCUGUCGCGCAAAUGCUCGGCGCGGAAGUAUUUGCCACCGUAAGGAACUCUGAGGAGAAAGCCACUCUAGUUGAGCUGUACAACAUCCCCGCUGAUAGUAUCUACUUCGCUGGUAGCGAGUCAUUCGCCGACUACCUGAUCGAUGCGACGAAAGGCCUCGGGGUGGAUGUUAUCCUCAAUGACAUGGCCGAGGGAGAAGUUCUCCGUGCUACAUGGCGGUGCAUCGCUAAGUUUGGCCGCUUCAUCCAUGUUGGCUGUAACGACCUCGCAUAUGUAGCUUUCGAGAAGAGUGCGACGAUAUCAUGCGUUGAUAUCUUUGCGCUCGCGCAUGACCGGCCCCAGAAGCUCAAGCGGGUCCUCAGCGACGUCGCUAAGCUGCUCCGGUUUGGGAAAGUGUUGCCUGUACAUCCCAUCGCCUCUUAUGGUAUAACGGAAAGCACGACUGUGCUCCAAGCUUUGCACUCUGCUGAGCCACAUGGCAAAGUUGUCAUCGUACCGCGUGAGGACGAAACGGUCCUGGUACCGCGUCUUAAGGAAGAAGCGAACAUGCUUCGCGCUGAUGCAACAUAUGUGCUUAUCGGUGGUACUGGCGGUCUCGGCCGAAGCAUGGCCAGAUGGAUGGUAUCGAAAGGAGCACAGAACAUCGUCCUCCUUUCGCGAAGUGGUGCAGUCCAUGGCAAAGCGAAAGAGCAAGUCGACGCUCUCAAUGCCUCUGGGGCAAACAUCGUGAUCCGCCGCUGCAACGUUGCAGAUCGCGCUGAUGUCGACACUCUGCUAACAUCGGGGCUUGAGGGUUUGCCACCUGUCCGAGGUAUAGUCCACGGUGCCAUGGUGCUGCACGAUGUGCUCUUUGAAAAGAUGACGUUCGACCAAUACACUACAGUCAUUGAGUCCAAGGUCAAGGGAGCGUGGAACCUCCACCACGCGCUCGCCUCAUCGCCCCUCGACUUCUUCAUCGUCAUCUCUUCGGCUGCGGGCGCCGUCGGCAACAGAGGACAGGCUGCUUAUGCGGCCGCCAACACCUUCCUCAACGGCCUUACCCAAUACCGUGCGUCCCACGGCCUGCCAGCGGCGUCGAUCGACCUAACUGCCGUCUCCGAUGCCGGUUAUCUCGCUGAGGAUGCCGAGAAGGCUGCUGAAGUGGCGCGCAACUUGGGGAGCGACACAAUCUGUGAAGCCGAAGUGCUUGCCCUUAUUAGCGCCGCCAUCACCGGCAAGAUGGCAAGCACGUGCAACCACCACGCCAUCACCGGGAUGCGCAUCACCGCGACCAUGCGUCCCUUCUGGUCGACCGACGCGAAGUUCAAGCACUUGCUAUCUGUUGCGGAAGCCGAGGCUGCUGCUAUGUCUACUACUGGUCCGGUUGCCAUCUCGUGGAGCGCCGCGUUCAAGACGGCGGCAUCUGCCUCCCGCGCCGAAGCUGAAGAGGUUGUCUGCAACGGGCUCGUGGAGAAGAUCGCCGAGGUCAUCGGGAUGGAGAAGGAGGAGUUGGAUGUGACCCGGCCGCUUAGCAACUACCCGCUUGACUCGCUGACGGCAAUCGAAGUGCGCAAUUUCAUCACGAGGAUGUUCGAGGCGAACUUGCAGGUGUUGGAGUUAUUGGCCCAAGGAAGCAUCCAGGCUUUAGCGAAGGUCGUGUGUACGAAGAGCAAGGCUGGUGUAGUGGCAGAGUAG